AGCUGCAACUGCCGUCAAAGGUUCCACCCAAGUGGAAGCUGCUGCCCAGAGCACAGAGGAGCCUAUAGUGGCUCCCACGACCAGCUGGGGCUCAGAAAAGACCUCCCCGGGCAGGAGCCAUGGCGUGGCCACCUCCCUACUGGCUGUGCAUGCUGGGGACCUUGGUGAGGCUCUCAGCUACCCCAGCCUCCAAGAGCUGUCCAGACAGACACUACCGGACUCGGGGUGGACUGUGUUGCCAGAUGUGUGAACCAGGUACAUUCUUUGUGAAGGACUGUAGCCAGGACAGAACAGCGGCUCAGUGUGAUCCCUGUAUCCCCGGCAUCUCCUUCUCCCCAGGCUACCACACCCGGCCACACUGCGAGAGCUGCAGACACUGUAACUCUGGUCUUCUCAUUCAAAACUGCACAGUCACGGCCAAUGCCAAGUGCACCUGCUCCAAGGGCUGGAAUUGCCGGGACCAGGAGUGUACAGACUGUGAUCCAGCAAGCCUCACGCCGACCAGACAGCCAUCUGAGGCCUCCAGCCCACACCCGCCACCCACCCACUCAUCUUCUGCCACACAGAUGCCAGAGGAGGCCGGGACCAGCUGGCCUCUACACAGUGCAGCUGACUUCAGGCAACUUCCUGACUCAACUGUCCAUACCCACUCGCCAUCCCGAAGACCUCUGUGCAGCUCAGACUGUAUCCGCGUCUUUGUGACCUUCUCCAGCAUGUUUCUGGUCUUAAUUCUGGGUGGAAUCUUGUUCUUCCAUCAAAGAAGAAAUCAUGGACCAAACGUGGACAGCGGGGCAGAGCCUGAAGAGCUCUGUCCUUACCGCUGCCCCAGGGAGGAGGAAGGCAGUGCCGUCCCCAUUCAGGAAGACUACCGGAAGCCGGAGCCUGCUUCCUACCUUUGAACCCUUGAGUGGAAAGGUGGGGCGCCAUCCAGGGAGAUCUGGGUGGUGGUCCGCUCCCCUGCCAUCAUCAUCAAAACCCUUUCCUGUGUGCACUUGACAAACCGCCCUUCUGAGGCUGAUGUUGACGAGAACAGAAUCCUCGGUGUGUGGUUCAGCAAGCUCGGAGAGGCUCGGGCUCAAGCCAUAAAACACACUUAUUAUAAAUGAGCAAAAUCACCAUCAAAGGGCUCAAGAUGGCUCAGCAGUGAGUGCAGCACCUGUUGUACUUCCAGAGGACCAGGGUUCGAGUCCCAGCACUGUCAGAUGGAUCAAAACCACCUGUAACCCCAGUUUCAGGGGAUCUGACACCUUUGACCUCCUCUGGCACCCAUAGACACAUGACAUACACUCACCCAGACACACAUACAUAUGUUUAAAAAUACACACACACACACACACACACACACACACACACAUAUAUAUAUAUAUAUAUAUAUAUUUUUUUUUUUUUUUUAAUUUAAUG